AUGUUUUUAAAUUUCUCUCGCCAAACAUUAAAUAAAUGUGCCAAAAAAACAAAUUUAAUUUUAAUAAAUUCCAAAUAUUUUUCUACAAAAUUUAAUAUCGAUAAAGAAUCCAAAAAACAUGGAGGGGAAUUGGUUGCUUCUGUCCUUAAAAUUUAUGAUACAAGACAUGAAGUGAAUGCUGUAUUUGCAGCUGAUGCAGUUGCUCGUCUUCGCCAACAUAUUGGCGUUGCAGCUGUAACUUCAGGACCAGGUGUCACAAACACAAUUACUUCCCUAAAAAAUGCCCAGUUGGCUGAAUCGCCUGUUAUUCUUUUGGCUGGUGCUGCUCCUUCAUUAAUGAAAGGCAAAGGAGCACUACAGGACAUUGAUCAAAUCCCAAUAAUUCAAUCAAUGUGUAAAUUUACUGCAAGAAUUAUAAAUGUUGAAGAUAUAGUUCCAACACUUCGUGAGGCAAUUUCUGUUUCUCAAUCAGGCACUCCUGGCCCUGUAUUUAUUGAGUUCCCACUGGAUGUUCUUCAAUCCUAUCAGGAAGUGCUUAGAGAUGCCAGCUUUAUAAAAAACCCUGAUACACCAGAAAAGCAAAAUUUCAACGAGUCUGUCUAUCAACAUAUUUAUCGUCAAUUCCACAAUGCUUGGUCUCACAAAGAAUUUGGACCUUUACCUGUCACAAUUCCAAAGCCAAACAUUGAAGAUAUUACAAAAAUUGCAGAUAUUCUUGAAAAUGCAAAACGUCCACUUUUAUUAAUGGGAAGUCAAUCUACUUUGCCUCCACUUAAAACUGAACAGCUUGUUCAGAUUGUUAAUAAUUUGGGUAUUCCUACUUAUUUGGGUGGAAUGAGCCGUGGAUUGCUAGGGGCAAAUUCACCGUUACAAAUGCGUCAAAAUAGAAAGAUUGCAAUUAAGGAGGCUGAUGUUAUUCUCCUUGCAGGAGCUGUAUGUGACUUUCGUCUAACCUAUGGAAAGGGAUUUUCGCCUGAAACAAAAGUUAUUUCAAUAAAUAGAAGUCAGGAACAAAUGUUAAAGAAUCACGGCGUUUUCUGGAAUUCUGCAGCAACUAUUCAAGCUGAUGUAGGCCUUACUUUGUUGGAACUUCAAAACCAAAUGAAGGAACGAAAAUGGGGAGGUUUGGAAAAGUGUAAAGAAUGGAUUGAAAUGUUGAGAGAAAUGGAAAUUAAAAAAGAAGAAGACACUACAAAAAAAUUGGCACAAAAACCUGAUGAUGGGCAUAUGAAUCCUCUUGUAUUAUUGACUGCAAUGGAUGAGGUAAUUCCAAAAGAUGCAAUUUUGGUUGCAGAUGGUGGCGAUUUUGUUGGAAGGUUUUUUAAAUAA